CGCUCGGGGGCGCCGCGGAGCGCCGCCCUCCACCCGAGCCCAGAAGAGCGAACGGUGCUCACCUGGCGCCGCUGCGCGAGCUCCUCGCCUGUGCCGACGGCGUCACGGCUCAGGACCGCCAUGUUCCGCAGGGUGGGGUGGCUGGUCCCGUACAGCCUUGCACUGUUGCUGCUCAGCUGCCUGUUCUUUCUGAAGAAGGAGGCCCAGCCAGCGGGGGGCCCCAUGGCCCGACAGCCCUUCUGGGCUCCCCCAGGGCUCCGGCGCAGCCCGUGUCUACCCAACCACACAGUGGCUAACGCCUCCCUGUUCCUGCCCACCCGUCACCGCCUCUUCUUGACCUACCGCCACUGCCGCAACUUCUCCAUCCUGCUGGAGCCUUCGGGCUGUGCCGAGGACACCUUUCUGCUCCUGGCCAUCAAGUCGCAACCCGGCCAUGUGGAGCGGCGCGCAGCCAUCCGCAGCACGUGGGGCCGGGCGGGAAGCUGGGCUAAGGGCCGGCAGCUGAAGCUUGUGUUCCUCCUGGGGUUAGCAGGGCCUGCUCCCCCAGCCCAGCUGCUGGCCUACGAGAGCCGCGAGUUCGAUGACAUCCUGCAGUGGGACUUUGCUGAGGACUUCUUCAACCUCACACUCAAAGAGCUGCACCUGCAGCGCUGGGUGGCUGCUGCCUGCCCCCAGGCCCAUUUCAUACUAAAAGGAGAUGACGACGUCUUUGUCCAUGUCCCCAAUGUGCUGGAGUUCCUGGAUGGCUGGGACCCAGCCCAGGACCUCCUGGUGGGGGAUGUCAUCCGCCAGGCCCUGCCCAACAGGAACACCAGGGUCAAAUACUUCAUCCCACCGUCCAUGUACAGGGCCCGCCACUACCCGCCCUAUGCUGGGGGUGGGGGGUAUGUCAUGUCCAGAGCCACCGUGCAGCGCCUCCAGGCGGCUGUGGAAGAGGCUGAACUCUUCCCCAUUGAUGACGUCUUUGUGGGGAUGUGCCUGAGGAAGCUGGGGGUGAGCCCCAUGCACCACGCUGGCUUCAAGACUUUCGGAAUCCGGCGGCCCCUGGACCCUCUAGAGCCCUGUCUGUACCGAGGGCUCCUUCUGGUCCACCGCCUCAGCCCCCUGGAGAUGUGGACCAUGUGGGCACUGGUAACAGACGAGCGACUCAAGUGUGCAGCUGCCCCCUCGUCCCAGCUUCCUGGGGUGGGCUGAGCGAGUGGACUGUUUAAUUUUUCAAUCAUGAUGAGAAAUAAGGAACCCUGCAACCUGGCCCUUGACAGGCUACAGGGAACGCUGACUUUGUUUUGUAAAGCCCUCCCAAA